AUGUCCGGCAAUGCCUUGGCCCCAUCACAGCUCCGCCUCACACACGCGACUCACGCUACUCCCCAGCGGACUGGCUCGCUGCCCGUUUGCGCAGGGAGGGGCCUGGUCUCCCAAGUGAGGUGA